AUGAGUUCUUUCGCAGGAAAAUCAACAGAUUUAGCCUCUAAGGCUAAGAAGUACAUGUCAAGUCCAGGCUCUGUUCACAACGCAGAUCAAAACUUUAGUAAUGAUGAACAAACCAGAGCUGGUGGAAACUUUGAUAGCCGCUAUGGAAAUGAAGAACGCGGUUACAGCAAUGCCGAUCAUAGUGCUGCUCCCGAAUACUCUCAUCCUUCUCAAGGUGAUCCUUACAGUGGGCAAACAGCAGACACCGGCCGUGGAUACUCUUCACAGAGGGGUAACACCGGUUCAGGUCAGAAGUAUGGCAGCGAUCAAAAAUACGAUUCUUCUGACUUAGGUGGUGGUAACGGCAAUUAUCGUAAACCUAGUCAAACUGAAGGUUACACCCAAAACACCGAGUACGGUUCUAGCCAAGGAACCGAGGAUUAUGGUGAAAGCUACGGACGUCGUGGCGGUGGUGGUUCUUAUGGAUCCUCUGGUGCUACGGGAGGUGCCUACACCACUGCUGGAGACUAUGGUGCUGGUGAUGAUUCUUAUGGAUCCACUGGCGGUUCCAAAGGUGGUAACUACAGCACCGCUGGAGACUACGGUGGUGGUAGAGGAACAAGCACCUACAAUGCCUCCGACCAAGAUACUUACAACACGGGAAGCAAUGUAAAUAAAGGCAAUCAAUAUGACUCUGGCCAAUAUGACAAAUACAGUACCGGCCGUAAUCAACCCACUACUGGAGCCAGCCAAGGAAACUACAACACCACUGGAGGUGAUGAAGGCUACCUAGGAUCUGGAAGAGAAGGCUAUCAGAGCAAUUCCGGCAGCUUAGGUGAAGAAGGUCAAUACGGAUCUAAAGCCGGUCAAACCGCUAGCGGCUCCAAGGAUGAAGGCUAUAACGCUGGCAAGUACACAACUGACCCUACAGCCACCUCUAGCAGAGCAGGAGGAUCUGAUCAAGCCGGUCAAAACUUGAGCCAAAGUGGUGGUCAAAAAUUAGAUCAGGCUGGCAACGCUGCCCAACGUGGUAAGAGUGGCACUCAAGGUGUUAAAUCUGAAGCUCAAGAUUUGGGCAACGAUGCCCAACACCAUGCUUCAUUGGCCUCGAGGAUGAAGGGAGGCAUGGAAAAGAUGUUUGGCAAAAUGACUCACGAUGAUGAUCUCGUCCAAAAAGGAGAAACCAUGAAAUCCGGUGGUGGAAACCGCUUGUAA